AUGAUCGAUGUUAUAGCACCGGAGACGUUAACAAAACUUCCUAAAGACUUUUCACAUGCCGUAGCAAACAUUGCAGCGGGAAUUCCAGCUAGCUAUUUGACUAUAGUAAGAGGAAAUUCAACUAACAUCAGAUCUUGUGAUAUGUUCCAACUAAUUUGUCGUUUAAACGACAAUAACAUACAAGUAGUUAAUAUUGAUCUUACGACAGAUGACAAUAAAGCGUCUUUUUUCAAGUUACUGAAGAAAGAUUUAGACACGUGGACUGAAAGAACUAGCCUCAUAUUUUGUCAACCGACUGAAUGUGAAAAUCUACUUAUAGAGUUUACGACAAACAACUUCAUCCAUAGAUCGAUUCUCUAUAUAUUCUUUUGGCCUGUCGGUGAGAUCAGUUUGAGAUUCCGAGGCGUAAUAAAAGAAGCAAUGAGAGUGGCCGUUAUUACAAAUCCUAGAGAAAGCGUGUUCAGAAUAUACUAUAACCAGGCAACUCCAAAUCGAUUAAACCAUCUCGGUUUAGUCAAUUGGUGGGCAGGCAAAAUCUAUAGGUUGCCUGUACUCCCGCCGGCUAAUGUAGUCUACAAGAACUUUCAAGGCCGCGUCUUCUAUGUACCCGUGUUACAUGCUCCUCCGUGGCACUUUGUGAAAUACAACAACAAUUCAACAGUCGAAGUAACUGGAGGACGAGAUGACAAAUUGUUGGCCUUAAUAUCGAAGAGGUUAAAUUUUAGAUAUAAAUAUUAUGAUCCACCUGAAAGAAGCCAAGGCUCAAGUAUUUCGGUUAACGGUACAUUUAAAGGAACUCUUGGAUUAAUUUGGAAACGAAAAGCAGAUUUUUUCAUUGGCGAUGUAACAAUAACAUGGGAGCGGCUGCAAGCUGUAGAAUUCUCAUUCGUUACCUUAGCAGACUCUGGCGCUUUCUUAACACACGCCCCUGCCAAGCUGAGUGAGACUCUUGCAAUAAUAAGGCCCUUCAGAUGGGAAGUGUGGCCUUUAGUCUUCGCAACAUUACUGAUCACCGGUCCGGCGCUGUGGAUUGUUAUUGCAGCGCCGUCGUUCUGGCUACAUCGUCGUCAGAACCAACUUGGCCUGUUCAACGACUGUUGCUGGUUCACUACCACACUGUUUUUACGACAAUCUUCAAGUAAAGAACCUUCCAGUACUCAUAAAGCUCGCUUAGUAUCAGUUUUGAUUUCACUCGGUGCAACUUACGUGAUCGGAGACAUGUACUCGGCAAAUCUUACCAGUCUACUCGCCCGACCAGCAAGAGAACAACCUAUUGGCACACUCGAAGCUUUAGAAGAAGCAAUGAGAGAUCGAAAGUAUGAAUUAGUGGUGGAAAGGCAUAGUUCCUCUCUCACUAUUUUAGAGAACGGUACUGGGGUGUACGGACGACUUGCGAAACUAAUGCGACGACAAAAACUACAACGUGUCCGCAGCGUGGAAGUUGGUGUGAGGCUGGUGCUCGCUCACAAGAGAAUCGCCGUACUCGGAGGGAGAGAAACUUUGUAUUACGACACAGAACGUUUUGGAUCUCAUAAUUUUCAUUUGAGCGAAAAGUUGUACACUAGAUAUUCAGCUAUCGCACUACAAAUCGGAUGUCCUUACCUCGAAACUUUUAAUGAUGUGAUCAUGAAUCUAUUCGAAGCAGGAAUUCUGGCGAAAGUUACGAAAGACGAAUACAAGAAUCUGCCCGAACAAUCAAGGAGAUCUGAGCCGGUAACUGAAAGCGACAAAGAAAAUGCAGAUGUAACCGGUGACUCCGUUGCUAACUCACAAAUGCAAUCGGAAUCUACAAUUGGUUUGGAACCGGUGUCGCUAACAAUGCUUCGCGGAGCUUUUUGUCUUUUAGGAAUUGGUUAUCUGUUAGCUGCAAUAACAUUAAUCAUCGAGCUUCGUAUUUAUCGCCGAAAACGUAAUACUGUGAUAAAAGAUUCAACAAAACAACUGUCACGUCAGAAUAAUAUAAAAAAAUGUGUGAUUUGUUUGAGACGAGGAUUCAGAAAAAUUGUUAGAGGCAUUUACACUCACAUCGAUAAAGCUUUUGGACCUGAAUAUUAA